AUGGACAAUAUAUGGAUCAGGCUACCAGGACUACCUUAUAGAUACUACACAAAAGCACUUUUUCGACUAAUUGCUUCAGUAGUCGGACAAGUAAUUAAAGUAGAUUAUAACACUCAGGCGGGGGAAAGAGGUAAGUUUGCAAGAAUUACAGUUUUAGUAGAUCUAAACCAACCACUAAUUCCUUGUAUUGGAAUAGAUGGAUUCACACAAAAAUUAGAAUACGAGAGAUCACAACAGAUUUGCUUCCAUUGUGGGGUUUAUGGGCAUACAAGAGAGCAAUGUGCAGCAUAUCAAGUACAUAUAGAAUCUAAACGCGAGGAAGAGCUUAACGAAAGGAACAAAAACAACCACAACCUUGCAACAACAUCAGAAGAAACACUGUUUGGACCAUGGAUGGUGGUGGAAAAUCGUCGAAGGAAAACAACGACGACACAAAAGACUGAGAAAGACAAUAUGAAACAAAAGGCUGGUAUAGAGGGCUCUCGUUUCACUAUAUUGAGCGAAGAUGAGAAUGGUCACAUGGCUGAAAUAAAAACAGGGACAGAUGAUAAAGAAGAUAAUGAGAACAAAAACAAACCAGUAAAUAGAGAAACAACAAAAAGGAACUCACCAGAUCAUCAAACAAGGGGAACAAAUCUCAACAUGAAUAACAUGGUACCAAAACAAGCAAAGAAAAUGCACGAAUCGGACAGUAUAAAAAACGCAAUAGAAGUAAUCCAAAUGAUAGAAGGACAGAACAUGGAAACAGUGGAACAUAUAACCACAGCAUGGAACGGAAACCACACAGCUAUAACCAUAAAAGAACCAAGCAUGGGGAAAAAAUGCACGAGACUAAAUUCCCAAAAGGAUGAGAAGAAGCUGGAAGGAUAA